GCGGUAAAAACCUCAUAGUUUCUUACUAACAUGUCUGAAUCGGAAGACGCUGCUACUGACGAAGGACCACUACCCUUUGAGCUAUGGGACCCAUACACACCGUAUUACUACGAAAGCGAAACCUACGAGUCUGCCAAUGUGGCAGCCCUCAUCAUCGUGAUGGUCAUGCUCGUCUCGAAUUUGGAUAAAUUCUUGAAGAUGCCUAAACGGAGCAUCAAGAUUGCCUUGUGGACCUACUAUGGAAUCGAUUUGUAUCUCAACUUUCUAUCUGCGAUGGUGUAUAAUCCACGCCUCUAUUAUAGCUAUGUGUAUCGGGAGGUAUUUGACACCAAGAUUCUUUAUGUUUUGUUCGCUGUGCAGGAAACUUUGUUGAGCUUUAUGAUAUACGAGACGAUUGCACCAUGGAUCUCCAUGUAUUACGGACGUUGGUCCUAUAUUGGCUACGUUUUCAUGGCCAUCGAGCUGGCCCUUGGUGAAGCAGUAGGAGCGAUGUUGAGUAAAGAUGCAUGGAACGUUAACAGCGAAUACGACCCUAGCUACUGGCCGCUACAAUUGACCUGGACGGCGCUGCAUGUUGCAUUUGAAAUCGCCGUGUUUUUGUACCUUGCCUGGCAGUUCUAUAGUAUGAGACAACUGUUGGCUGACGAUGGAAGCCAGGGGAGGUCGCUCCCUGCCAUGAUCUUAUGUUCGACGGGGCUCCGAUUAUUGAUGUGUCUUGGGUGCGAGAUUGUCAACAUUGUGUACAAUGUGCAAGUCAAUGACUGGACCGUUCGAACGCCACCUGCUCUAAUGGUCGCUGCAAACGUUACCUGGUCAAUCCGACCUAUGCUCCUUCUUACUGAUAUGGCACGCGCCAAAGCACUUGCAUCAACGGCCGAAAAAGACAACACCCUACCCGGUCAGGGAUCACAGAGUAAGGGCUCCGGUACAUGCCAGGUGUGCGGGAACAAUAUGGACGUCAAAGUGUUGUCAUCCAAGCCGUUGAAGGAACAUGGAAGUAAGGACUCUGCAUCUGCAUAGUCGAUACCCGUCGAUUUGCCAGUUAUGCGUAGGUUGUGGCUGCUAGGGUUGGAGGCAGAUACCCGAGUGACUAUACGAAUCGGCUGCACAUGGCGGCAGCUUGCCAUUCUUGUUUUACGUAUUCUCUAGACAGAAGCGAUAGUUUUCAUUUUAGGACGUUAUUUUAGUCCAUUUAGUUUUAAUAGAUGCUUGACAUGCAGUGUUUCUCGAA